AUGCAACAAAAAAAUAAAUAGUAAAUUUCAAUGUGCAUUAUUAGGGAAUUGAUGAUUCAUUAGAGAAGACUGAGCGAUAUUUAACAAAGAAAGAGUUCCAUCCCAAAAUUAGACAAAACUGUUGAUACAUACAAAUAAAACAGAUAUAUUACUGCUAGAAAAUAAGAAAUAUAUAAAUGGGAAGGAAUAAUGAAAUAAAAUUAGAAGUUACUAAAGAAAAUAAAUAAUGUUGAGUCAUCAUUUCAAAAAUCUGUAAAUAUUCAAUAAAAUAUUCUUGUAUUCAAGAUAAUCUAUUCGUAGUGUCAGCUCUUGUAAUUCUAGAAAAUCGAUUGAAUUAAAAGAAAAUUUGUAAAAGGAAAAUGCUAGAAUGCAACUUAAACUAUAGAAAAUGUAAUAAUUUUUGGAGAUUUCAUUUUUAGAACUUCAACUUUCAAAAAGUCAAAAAAAUAGACUGAAAGAAUUUCUAAGUCUAGUCAGAAAUUAGAAAAAUUGAAUAAACCCAAUAAUAGUUAAGAAAAAAGCUUUAAUAUUCAACCUAUAAUGAAUUAUAGGUAUCAAGGGAAAGGCUUUACAAAAUAAAAAAGCUUUCGUUAAUCUGGAGAAGAGAAAUAAUAGAUAAUGUCAAUUAUCUAAAAAUAUCAAUAGGUUUUGGAUUAACUACUUCCUGCCAUCAAACAUAAUAAAUUUAACAUAUGA